ACAUCUUGAAUCGUUGUAAGAAUCGAAACGUUCAUCUGAUGCUUCAAAACAGUCGUUUCCAUUCGUAAUGGUUCUGCUAAUAUUGUUGUCAAUCGUCGGUGCGUAUGCCGCUGCUUGCUGGCUGCUGGAAAACCUAAUCAUUCCGUUGGCUGCCAUAGUAUGGAGCUUGUUGAAGCUUUCGAUAAGUCGGAAGAAGUCGCUAUCCGAUCGAUAUGGAAAAUGGGCAGUGAUUACGGGAGCAACGGACGGCAUCGGUAAGGGAUACGCCCAACAUUUAGCAGCGAAAGGAAUGGAUUUGGUGCUGAUUUCCCGAUCGCAGGAAAAACUAAUCAAAGUCAGUCGAGAAAUCCAAAAAUCCACCGGAGUGAAUAUUAAGUUAAUCGUUGCGGACUUUUCCAUUGGCGAUUCCAUUUACAAGAACAUCCGAAAGGAACUUGAGGGUAUAGAUAUUGGUAUACUCGUAAACAACGUUGGCACCGGCACAGAACCGUUGGGUUUAUUUGAAACCCACGCGGACAAGUUUCAUCUACAGAUUGUCAACGUCAACAUUCUUUCAGUACUCAUGAUGACGCACAUCGUUCUUCCCAAAAUGAAGAAAGCUCAACGGGGGAUCAUCAUCAACGUUUCGUCACAAACAGCAGUCAUCCCUGCCCCAUACGUCAGCUCCUACACGGGGUCUAAAAGUUUUGGUUUCAGCUUCACGUUGGCUUUGCAGCACGAACUGCGGGGAUCGGGCGUUGAGUGUCAACUGGUGGUUCCCGGAUUCGUGCGAACCAAUUUGGUGCACACUUUGCCGCUGACUAUCUUUGGGGGGAAGCUGAUACCAGAUGGGUAUCAGUUUGGUGCCUGCGCCACAUGGUUGGUUGGUAAAACGGAUUUUACUGCAGGCCAUUGGUAUCAUGAGGUUUUGAAUUUUUUCAUCAAUUUGCUUCCUUUCUUUGUGCAAAGAAAGGUAGCUGCCGUAAUCUGGACGAGUUUUAUGAACGACCAAGAAAGUAAAAAGCGUACUAGCUUGUAAAAAAUUUGCAUCUGCAUUGAAUUGAAGAAAUUUAUGACGACAGUAGAAUGUAAGCAGUAAUGUAGUCAUAAAA